CAGCAGAGAGAAGUGGCCAGAGAGGCCCAGGGGACAGCCAGGGACAGGCAGACAUGCGGCCAGGGCCCCAGGGCCUGGACGGGGCCUUCCAGGCCCCAUGACAGGAGGACCUUGAGCCCCCCACCCGGGGAGGGGGCCAUGGUGCUGCCUGCCCGUCAUGUCAGCCGAGGUGCGGCUGAGGCGGCUUCAGCAGCUGGUGCUGGACCCCGGCUUCCUGGGGCUGGAGCCCCUGCUCGACCUUCUCCUGGGUGUCCACCAGGAGUUGGGCGCCUCCGACCUGGCCCAGGAGAAGUAUGUGGCCGACUUCUUGCAGUGGGUGGAUCCCAUUGCGGCGAGGCUUAAGGAAGCCCGACUGCAGAGGGAUGACUUCGAGAUUCUGAAGGUGAUCGGACGCGGGGCGUUCAGCGAGGUAGCGGUGGUGAAGAUGAAGCAGACGGGCCAGGUGUACGCCAUGAAGAUCAUGAAUAAGUGGGACAUGCUGAAGAGAGGCGAGGUGUCGUGCUUCCGCGAAGAGAGGGAUGUGUUGGUGAACGGGGACCAGCGCUGGAUCACGCAGCUGCAUUUCGCCUUCCAGGACGAGAACUACCUGUACCUGGUCAUGGAGUACUACGUGGGCGGGGACCUGCUAACGCUGCUGAGCAAGUUUGGGGAGCGGAUCCCGGCCGAGAUGGCACGCUUCUACCUGGCCGAGAUUGUCAUGGCCAUAGACUCGGUACACCGGCUGGGCUACGUGCACAGGGACAUCAAACCAGACAACAUACUGCUGGACCGCUGCGGUCACAUCCGCUUGGCGGACUUCGGCUCCUGCCUCAAGUUGCGGGCAGAUGGAACGGUGCGGUCCCUGGUGGCGGUGGGCACCCCGGACUACUUGUCUCCCGAGAUCCUGCAGGCCGUGGGCGGCGGGCCGGGGACUGGCAGCUACGGGCCCGAGUGUGACUGGUGGGCGCUGGGCGUGUUCGCCUAUGAAAUGUUCUACGGGCAGACGCCCUUCUACGCCGACUCCACGGCUGAGACCUAUGGCAAGAUCGUGCACUACAAGGAGCACCUGUCUCUACCGCUGGCAGAUGCAGGGGUCCCUGAGGAGGCUCGCGACCUCAUCCAGCAGCUGCUGUGUCCGCGGGAGAUGCGCCUGGGCCGGAAUGGAGCAGGCGAUUUCCAGAAGCAUCCUUUCUUUUUUGGCCUUGACUGGGACAGCCUCCGAGACAGCGUGCCUCCCUUUACACCAGAUUUUGACGGUGCCACGGACACGUGCAACUUUGAUGUGGUGGAAGACGGGCUCACUGCCAUGGUGAGCGGGGGCGGGGAGACGCUGUCAGAUAUUGGGGAAGGCAUGCCCCUGGGGGUCCACCUGCCUUUCGUGGGCUACUCCUACUCCUGCAUGGCCCUCAGGGAUGAGGAGAUCCUGGGCUCCACGCCCAUGGAACUGGAGGUCGAGCCGUUGCCUGAGCCAUUGCAAGAGCCCAGCCUGGAACCCACAGUGCCUGGAUCAGAGGAAACAGCUGAAGUGGCAGUUCCGGAGGCCAUUCUGGAGCCUGUGGCAGAGGCCGAGGUGACGCUUCGGGAGCUCCAAGAGGCCUUGGAGGAGGAGGUGCUUAGCCGGCAGAGCUUGAGCCAGGAGCUAGAGGCCAUCCGUUUGGCCAACCAGAACUUCGCCAGUCAACUCCAGGAGGCCCAGGCCCGGAACCGAGACCUGGAGGCGCACGUUCGGCAGCUGCAGGAGCGGAUGGAGUUGCUUCAGGCCGAGGGAGCCGCAGCUGUCACGGGGCUCCCCAGUCCCCGGGCCAUGGAUCCACCUUCCCAUCUAGAUGGCCCCCCGGCCGUGGCUCUGGGCCAGUGCCCGCUGGUGGGGCCAGGCCCCAUGCACCGCCGCCACCUGCUGCUCCCUGCCAGGGUCCCUAGGCCUGGCCUACGGGAGGCGCGUUCCUUGCUCCUGUUCGCCGCUGCUCUGGCUGGUGCCACCGCCCUGGGCUGCACUGGGUUGGUGGCCUGCGCCGGCCAUCUCGCCGCAGUCUGACCCCGCCCGGGAGCCACCUUCGCCGCCUGAACCGUAGAACCCGAGCCCGUCCUCCGCUCCGGCUCUGCUGGAGGGUUGGGUGACCCGGGUACCGCCCAGAAGCCACUCCCACCGCCUCCGGUUCACAGCACUCCGAGCGUGGGUCUCCGCCCCAGCUCUAGCCCUGUGAUCCGGGCCCGCCCCCUGGCGGCCGGGGAGGGAGGAGUGGGGGCCGCGGCUCAAGCGAGACUUGUAGCCGGGAAAGCUGCUGCCGCUGAGGGGAUCGCGGACCUCUCUCUUCCUCCGGCCUGGCUGAGGCCCCCCGACGGGGGUGGGCAAACUGCGACCUAGAGAAGGCAGCAGGGCCAGGGUUCAAGCAUCUAUUUUUCACCUUCCAGGCACCCCCACCCACAUCGGCUCGCAAACCACAAAUCCUCUGUGUGUAUGAGGCCCUGCCCUCCCAGGAAAGCUCUCUACGCGGCGAACGUCUAGCGCGAGCUCCGCCUGCUUUCUGGAGAACCUUUUGCUUUCGACAGCCCCGCUUUUUCGGGGACUUUCGUGCCUUCCUCCUCACGUGCGUUGCUCUCGGAGCCACAGCCGGCUCCGCCCGCCUCGGCAGUUUGGGUAUUUAUUGACCUGUCCUCCAACCAGCUGACAGGCUCCAGGAUCCCGGCACCCUAAUCCACGUUUUGGAUGCACUGAGACCCCGACAUUCCUCGGUAUUUAUUGUCUUUCCCCACCUAGGACCCCACCCCCGAUCCUCGCAAAUAAAAGGCCCUUUCGUCUGCCCAGAA